CCUUUUGAAUCACUACUUCUCUUUUAGUUUUUCAACUCCUUUUAAUAUUAUUGUCUCAACUUCUAUUGAAAGUUGCUCCAGAGUUCUUCUUACUAGCAAUACACCUUUGUAGGGUGGGAGAGGUCUCUUUUCUUUUCUUAGGAACAAAAAAUUAAGCAGAACUCAAAAGAUCACUGGAAGUCAUUUUCUUUCAUUGGGAAAGAUGAAACAAAUUAAACUGAACUGGACAGAUCAAGAGUUCUCAACAAUCAGAAUACAAGAACUCGCCAUCUAACUCAUAUGAAUUAGAGGAUGAUAUGGGUGAUUCUUAUUAUUUUUGCUGGUUGGAUAUAGUGUUCAGAGUAAAUCAAAAGUAAGUAAAUGACAGCCAGAUUUGAUUCAACGAGAAGAAAUUUUAGUUUCUCAGCUUAUUUGAUUCAUUUAGUUGAAAAGGUGGCACAUGUGUAACUGUUGGUUCUUUCCUAAGGAUUGCCAUGGGAAUUGAAUGUGCAUGCCUAAGGUAAUGCUAUCUGCAUUCCAUCUGAAGAUCUGAUUGCAUAUGAGUGAAGAAAAUACUCAUCCAUUGAUCUGAAUGCCUGUAGACACUGUUUAGAAUGUGACGCAUUCAGUUGGUAUGCCCCCAUCUCUUUCUUGAUCCUUAUGUGUCCGGAUUUAGAGUGUAACUUGCCUCACCAGAAAGUCUUGUUAUUUAGAUUCAGAAAUUUCAAAACAGGCCUUGAUAGCAAGAAUUUAUAAAAUAUUCCACUGUAAGAACCUGUGCUUAAGAUCUAGCUCAAGUGCUAGUUAGGUUGGAGACAGGGGAGGUUUUGGUUAAUUUUUAUGAAAUUAUAGAAACAGAAAAAGAAAUCUGUAGGCAUUUUAGUUUGAUGGUGGAAAUAAGAAAUUUUAUGUUGGCAAAAUUAAAAUGAAAGCAGAGGACAUAUUUGGUAGUGGAAUUGGGAAUUGUUCUUUUCUUAAAAUUGAAAAAAAUGAUAGUGACACAACAAAUAUGUUCAUCAUUAUGCCUCUUAAAACUAUUUUUAAUGAUGCUUCCUAUAUUGGUCGUUUUUGAAACAAUAUUAAGAAUAUUGUUUUUCAUGUUAAUAUGCAAGUGUCCAAAACCUAUUGGUUCUUUAUCAUGCCGAUUUUUCCCCAUUUUCUGACAAUGAGAAUAUCUUCUAAAACAUUUUUAUUUGAGCCACCAGAGAGGCUCAAAUAUUUGGAAAGUUUUGUCAGGUUACCGUUGAUAGGUUUGUUCUUGGAAGAGUACGCUUUCAUUCAUUAAACCAUUCUUCUACCACUCAAACAUAUCAUGGAGUGGUGUUUGGCAAUGUACACUUACAUUCGUUAAAACCAUUCUUCUAUCACACAAACAUAUCGAGUAUUGCACUACAUGGGGCAGGUGCUAUAGAGAGUCCCCAUCGAGUAAGGUUUUGUCUUAGCAAGGAUGAUAUCAUUAUUACCACACCUUAUUAUGUGUUCCGAGUCUAAUGAAAGCAAAAUUAUGAUGUUGAUUCGAGAUUUUUUAUUAAAUUUCUGACAGACACUCGUUUUAUAGAGACUGGUGUUUCUAGCUGGCAUUGUUGACUGGAUUUAGAGGUUAAGGUGGCGUUAUCGACUUUUUUUAAAAGUUUAAGUUGAACAAUGUUGUAUAGAGACAGAAUGAACUCACUUGCCCUAUUAGUUAAGGUGGCGUUAUUUGCUAAUUUAAUUGUUCAAGUUGAACAAUAUUUUUUAGGGACAGAAUGAACUCAUUUGACCCUGGAGUAAUUGUCAGAAAAUCUCCAUGCUUAUGUAUGCUCUUGCGUCACCAGCACUAGAAACACACGCAAGUUCCACGCAAGCCAUCCAAUCCCACAAGACACACACCUAAACAAGCACCCAUUUUCUACAAAUUGAAACCCUUAUGGUUUGAUUUACCAAUUCUCUUCAACCCCCCCAAAUUGCAAUGGCUUCGCAAUCCCACCAGCUUCAUGUUGUUUUGAUACCCUUCAUGACCCAGGGCCACCUCAUUCCCAUGAUAGACAUGGCCAUACUACUGGCACAACGAGGUCUGAUUGUCACUAUAAUCUCCACACCCCUCAAUGCCAGUCGGUUCAAUACAUCUAUCAGCUGGGCAAUAGAAUCUGGGCUCCUGAUUCGAGUUAUCCAACUCCGGUUUCCAUCCCAUGAGGCUGGGUUACCAGAGGGAUGUGAAACCAUGGACAAUCUCCCCUCUCGAGAAUUACUCGCGAAUUUCUAUGUUGCUAUUAGAAUGUUGCAACAACCAGUAGAAAAAUUAUUUGAAGAGAUGAAACCCAGUCCAAGCUGCAUAAUAUCUGAUGCAAAUCUAGCAUGGCCUGCUGAUACUGCUCGCAAGUUUCAAGUUCCAAGAUUUUAUUUUGAUGGGAGAAACUGUUUCAGCCUUUUGUGCUCACACAAUUUACAUAUUACGAAGGUUCAUGAGCAGGUCUCUGAAUCGGAGCCCUUCGUGGUGCCUGGUUUGCCUCAUCGGAUUACAUUAACCAGAGCGCAACUACCAGGAGCCUUCAGUUCAAACUUCUCGGAUUUGAAUGAUACUCGCAGAGAAAUAAGAGCAGCUGAACUAGUAGCUGAUGGUGUAGUAGUUAAUAGUUUUGAGGAGUUGGAAGCAGAAUAUGUCAAAGAGUAUAGAAAGGUGAAAGGAGAUAAAAUUUGGUGCAUUGGCCCAGUGUCAGUCUGCCACAAGGAGGAUAUAGACAAGGCUCAAAGAGGUAAUAAUACUUCUACCGAUCAAAACCAGUGUCUGAAGUGGCUAGAUUCAUGGGAGCCGAGCUCUGUAGUUUAUGCGUGUCUGGGAAGCCUCAGUAACAUUACUCCGCCACAGUUAAUAGAGCUUGGGUUAGGCUUAGAAGCUUCAAACUGCCCGUUCAUUUUGGUUUUAAGAGGACACAAAGCAGAAGAGAUGGAGAAAUGGAUAUCAGAUGAUGGAUUUGAGGAGAGGACAAAAGAAAGAGGCCUUCUGAUUCGGGGUUGGGUCCCACAAAUACUAAUCUUGUCUCAUCCUGCAGUUGGAGGGUUCUUAACACACUGUGGUUGGAACUCGACACUGGAAGCGGUUUCUGCUGGUUUGCCCAUGAUAACAUGGCCUUUCUUUGCUGAUCAAUUUUAUAAUGAGAAGUUAAUUGUACAAAUACUGGAGAUUGGUGUCAGUGUAGGAGUUGAGGUUUCUGUGCAACUGGGGCAGGAAGAGAAGUUUGGCGUGUUGGUUAAGUGGGAGGAAGUUCAGAAGGCUAUAAGCAAGGUAAUGGAUAAAGGACCGGAAGGUAGAAAGAGAAGAGAAAGAGUAAGGAAACUUGGUGUGAUGGCAAACAAGGCUAUGGAACAAGGAGGAUCUUCCAACCACAAUAUUGCUCUAUUAAUAGAAAAUAUCAAGCAACAUGCAACGGUGCAUUCAAGCAAAGAUACGAGUUAAGAGUCAAACAGAUUUGUUGAUCCAGUCAACCAGGAAACCGAAAGAUGGAUUCCCAAUAGGCUACCUGUAUGCUUUGAAUCUCUCGUACUCCCUCAUACUGGAAACCUCCUUUCACCCGUAGUUGAUAUCACUCCUUACUUUCCGUUACAUUCCCAGUGGUGGUGAAUCUUUUGGCUUUAUUUUUAUUUUUUAUUUUAUCAAAAUAGCUCCGGAAAAUAAUGUAAUUUUUUCAUUUUAGUUAUCUCAUUUUCAAAUUUUAUAUAAUUAAUUGUUAAAAAUAUAAAAACAAACCAUUGUGAUAAUCUUUUUAAUAA